AUGGGUUACUACAAACGGAUAUACCUCUCAUUAAUCUUGAUAAGAUUAGAAUUGAACCACAAGCAGGCCGUUUACAAAGUGACAUCGUAUCAUAUCAACAAACUCUGCGUUUGUGGCAGCGAAGGAAAAUUAGUGAAGUUCACAAUCAUUCCUAUUAACCUCGGACACAUUCCUCUCACGGUCACGGCAACUACCGCUACGUCAUCGGACAAACUCUGUUCUAAUAAACCAAUUCCAGUCCACGAUGCUGUCACACGAAAACUACUUGUCGAGGCUGAAGGUAUCAAAAGGGAGUUCACUCAGGGAACAUUCUUCUGUCCAGGAAACAAGAAAUACAAGGAAGAGUUUAGACUCAGGGUACCUGGAAAUUACAUACUAGGAUCAAUAUACCCAACAGUGACUAUUAUAGGUGACAUCAUGGGACCAGCAAUGACGAACCUAGAUGAUCUACUGCGCAUGCCUUAUGGCUGUGGAGAACAAAAUAUGGCAAAUUUCGCACCCAAUAUCUACAUCAUGGAUUACUUGACUCAGACGAACCAAGCGACAGAAGAAAUAAAGAGUAAAGCUGAAAACUUUAUGAAAGUUGGUUAUCAAAGAGAAUUGAUUUACAGAAGAAGAAGCGGCUCGUACAGUGCGUUUGGCGAAUCUGACAGUGAAGGAAGUAUGAUGUUGACCGCGUUUGUAGUUCGAUCAUUUGCCCGGGCGAAAAGAUACAUUUUUGUUGAUGGUGCUGACGUCCAACGCAGUUUCAGAUGGUUUCGCAUCAAACAAUUGGAUAACGGAUGUUUUCCACAGUACGGAAAAGUUUUUAAUAGAAGACUACAGGGGGGCAUGAACACCGAACUUACAAUCACAGCCUAUGUGACCACGGCCCUUUUGGAAGCUGGAGAAACAACAAAUAGCACCAUGGUGUCCAAAGCUCUCAGGUGUGUCGUAAAUCGAUUUAACACGAUCACCGAUACUUAUUCAACUGCCCUUGUGACGUACGCCUUGACAUUAGCAAACCAUACUGACGCUCAGAGGAUGCUCAGAAUAUUAAAAAAUAAGGCAACCAAGGAAGAGGAUCAAAUGUACUGGACUAAUGGAAUUAAACCUACGCAGAAUCCAAGAUUUUACCCUCAUGAAUCAUCAGCCGACGUAGAAAUGACAGCAUAUGCCUUGCUUUCAAUUUUACAUCAAACGCCAAUUGAUGAAGGCGUGGUAAAUAAUGAAAUUAUGGAUAUUAUUCGCUGGUUAUCGAGACAAAGAAACUCUCGAGGCGGAUUUUCUUCAACACAGGACACUUGUGUUGCUCUGCAAGCGUUAGCCGAGUUUGCAGGACGAGCUUAUGGGGACAGCGCUGAUUUUAAUUUAAUUCAAUUAACGGGAUCUUUGAAGAUGGGUGAUUACUACAACCACAACUUUGUGGUAACAAUGCCGAAUAAACUGACAUUACAAACUGUCGAGCUUCCUCGGAAGAUCAUUCCCGGUAAAUUGGAAGUAACGGGUCAGGGCGUUGGCUGUGCUUUGGUACAGGCGUCAGUGAAGUAUAAUAUUCCGGAACCGGAAGAUGUUCCAGCAUUUGAUAUUAAAGUUGAUGUUCGUACGAGAAGUUCAGCUCCUGAUGAAGAAACGACCCAAUGUAGUCCAUUAAAGCUGGAAAUAACCACAAACUUGCUCAAACAGGAUGUUUCUAACAUGGCCGUGGUGGAUAUUAAACUAGUUACUGGAUUUAGUGUGAGAGAGGAAUCUUUGGAAAAUCUAAGGAAUGAUCCGGCACUGAACUUCAAACGUUACGACAUUGAUGGACAGAACGUACAGCUUUAUUUCGAUGAGAUCAGAUAUUACUUUUUCCAUUGACAUCCACCAAGACACACUUGUCAAGAAAGUGA